UUGGUGCCUCCCUUUUGUAGUGGAGCACACAAAGAGGCUCCCAGAGGGAUUUUGCGGUGGGUUGGAGAUGUUGGGUGCAGGCUGUGAUGGUUUUUCCUGCACACAGCACCUGGCUGGGCUUCCACUGGCAUCUGAAGGAGGCACCUCUGGGUUUCAGUGGCUCUCGGUCGUAACCAACCGCUGAAGAAAGAGAAGCCCAAAUGGAAGAGCGAUUACCCCAUGACGGACGGGCAGCUCCGCAGUAAGAGGGAUGAGUUUUGGGACACAGCCCCGGCCUUCGAGGGCCGCAAGGAGAUUUGGGAUGCCCUCAAGGCUGCUGCCCACGCCUUCGAGAGCAACGACCACGAACUGGCACAAGCAAUCAUUGAUGGUGCAAACAUAACACUACCACAUGGUGCUCUUACGGAGUGUUACGAUGAACUGGGCAACCGCUACCAGCUCCCCGUCUACUGCCUUGCCCCACCCAUCAACAUGAUCGAGGAGAAGGGUGACCUGGAGACUCUGGAUAUUCCUGACCCCCCUCCCAAUUCCGGGCACGAGUGCCAGCUCCGCCUGCGCCUGUCCACGGGCAAAGACCUCAAGCUGCUGGUCCGCAGCAUGGACACCGUGUACCACAUGAAGCGGCGGCUGCACGCCGUGGAGGGAGUGGAGCCGGGCAGCCAGCGCUGGUUCUUCUCUGGGAGGCCCCUGGCAGACAAAAUGAAACUGGAGGAGCUGAAAAUCCCAAAGGACUACGUGGUGCAAGUCAUUGUGAGCCAGCCCUUAGCAAAUCCCACCCCGGUGGAAAACUGAUUUCUGCUCGUUUAUGGAUUCUUCUCUCCUGCGUCUCUGUUGUGGGGUUUGUUUUCGCUGCCCUCUCUUCUUCUGGGGUUGUCCUGCUCGUGGAUGGGUUGCAAGAAAUGACCAGCAAAAAUUCCAUCUGUGAUGGAGAUCUG